AUGCCUCGCCCCAGUCUCAAACAACCUAGGCGGCCUUGGUGCAUUGCCAUCUCCAUCGCUCUGGCCCUUGUGGUCAUCAUCGUUAUUGUCGUGCCAUGUGCCGUAAUUUUGACCCGGAAGUCCCAUGGGGAACGAUCCAACGUCUUGUUCCCACUAUACAUCUAUCCCACCAACGACAGCACUUGGGAUCCCCUAUAUGACUCGGUCUCCGCGCAUCCGGAUCUGAACUUCACAGUCAUCAUCAACCCCGACAGCGGACCGGGCUCUAGUGCGUAUCCGUCCGAUGCGUAUGUAACCAACAUCGAGCGCCUCGGCACCUAUGCCAAUGUGCGCAAGGUUGGCUAUGUGCGCACUGGCUAUGCCACUCGCAACAUCUCUACCGUGCUCGCGGAAGUUUCCACGUACGCCGGAUGGGCGAAUCGAUCCCUCACCCUCGCCAUGGAUGGGAUCUUCUUCGACGAGGCUCCUUACGACUAUUCUGCCGCAAAGGUCGAGUACAUGGACACCAUCAAUGAGGCUGUCAAGGAUUCCUCGGGAUUCCGCCGAGAUCGCCUGGUUAUCCACAACCCCGGCACAAUUCCGGACAGCCGCUACAACGCCAACACGACGGACGUCACGGUGGUGUUCGAGAGCAGCUAUCAAGACUUUGACUCGGAAAGGCAUUCCCUGUCCGCACUGGCGUCCGACCGCACGGGAUACGCUUACAUGCUGCACUCGGUGCCUGACACGCUGAGCAACGGCACCCUGCGAAAGUUUGUGGACAAGAUGAGCCGAAAAGCCGAGUACCUGUUCCUGACCACGUUGAGCGAGGAUUAUUACGAGAGUUUCGAUCCGGCGGGGGCGACCAUCUGCGACGUGAUGCCGACUAUCGCGGCCUAUCCACACCUUGAGUUCCUGGUGAUCAUCAACCCCAACAGUGGACCCGGUGCCUUGCCAUCGCCCGACGCCAACUAUGCCCGCGAGGUAGCCCGCUUGAACGCCUGUCCUAACGUGUACACCGUCGGCUACAUCCGCAUCGACUACUGUCGCAAGCCCCUCGCCAAGACCUUCGAGGAGAUCGAUCGAUACGCCAGCUGGGCCGCGGAGCAUGCCACCAGCGGACUAGGCGUCGGAGGCAUCAUGGUCGACGAGACGCCCAACCACUACGCUGCCACCGCCGCCGACUAUCUGAACGCGCUGCACCAGCAUGUCAAGGCCUCGCCGGGGCUCCUUCGGGACCGAUUGGUGGUGCACAACCCCGGCACCCCCCCUGACUACACCAUGGCCGAUCCAGGCCCGGACCUCAUUCUGGUCUGCGAGGAGCCACACGUCCGCUUCCGAUCCAAUGAGGUCCAGCACCGUCUACGCGAGCUACACUACGACCGACUACGCUGCGGCUACAUGAUCACUGAAGUGCCGCGCGAGGAGAUCCGGCCCCUGGUCCACGAUCUGCGCCAUCGCGCUGCCUAUGUCUUCGUCACCGAGAUCGUGGGUGACUUCUACGAGCGCUUCGGCCCUUACAGCUGGGGCGCCCUCAUGGAGGCACUGUCCUUGCAGUCGGUGCAGUCGGAGAAAUAA